GAAAAUAAAACUCAGGUGAAGCAGAAUAAAGAGUCACACGAUGGUGACCGAGCCCUGAAACUCAAGAAAUUAAACUCCAAGAAGAAGAAAUUCGCUCGGAGAAAACAACUUAUUCGUGCUGCCAAAGUGUUGAGAAUGCAGUCGCAGAAGCAUACGGAGUCAGACGCUAAGAGCGAAGCUAGCAGAGGCGGUGGAGAUGCUGAGGGUGCUGUGACGCCGGGGAGUGUUUUCAAAGGGGAAGGUGCUAAGGAAUUUCUUACAACCGGGAGGACGGGGAGAAGAAAUGCCAUGCCUGAUAUCUUGGGUCAACAUGCUAAGACAGGGACGGGUGAUUUACCCUCACUUCUUGAGUCUCUCACCACUAAAUCAGAUCAACCCAGCACGAGUGGUACGGAUCAAAGUGGCUCGUCGACCUCUCAACAACAGAAGGGUUGA